AUGUUAUGUCAGCCCAGUGAUUUAGAAGGUAUGUAGUAUUGGUAGUUAGCUAAAAAUAGUGGAAAAUAGGCACACUCUAACACCAGACAAUUUUACUUGUCAUUCAUCAAGGGUCUGAGACUCUUGUGUCUUAGUGGGUUAACACUGUUCAAUGUGCAAUUUGUACAUUGUUUUGGUUAAAAUAUUGAAAUAACUGUAAAUAUGUACAAAUGUUUUUUUUCUCCAAUUUUGGCCAAAUAUUGAUGCCUCCCAGGUCUGCAUAAAACAUAAUAUAGGGAAAAUGUGGAACUUACUAAAUUAUUUUAUAUUUUCCUUAGAUAUAAUAACUAUAUGUGAUUCUGGGAGUGAUGAUGAUCGACCAGAAGUAUUGGAAGUGAACAACACUCCCAAGGUAAUUCAUGACAGUCUGUAUUUAUAUUUGGUAGUUAUUUUAACAAAUUACCAGUAUGGCAAAUGAACUUUAAUCAUACAAUAUAUUGUAAUUUGCUUGGAAAUCUAUUUAUUUGAUGGUGCAAGCAAACAAUGUAUAGUGUAUAAUAGAAACACCAAGUAAAUUUAUUACUGCAAAGCUUUCGAUCCGUAAGCACGGAUAAGACAUAUUCGUAAGCCUGGAUAAGACUUGACCAUGACAGAAAGAGAGGAGGUGGUGUCUGUGCCUAAGGUAUCAACCAAAGUUUCAAAUGUGAGACCAUGAAUGAACUAUCUUAUAUUGCAGACUCUGGCUUACAUCAGUUAUGGCUACAGAUACAAGUUAUAAACUUCAGAUCAUUUUUCGUAUGUACAGCUUACCAUCCACCUGGAACUACAAUCCUGGUCAAAAAUCCUUGGCGCACUUAGUCGAAAUAGCAUAACCUUUACUUCAUUUCUGAUUACCAUAUAAAUACUUGCCAAUUUUAUGCAACAUUUCAUGUCCAAACACCCCCUAUCCCCCUUAUCAAUGUUGUGUAACACCUUGGACGUAUAACACACUACAGACAACAUUGAACGGGGGAAAGGGGGGUUGCUAUGCUUGUUAUUGAAGUGGGAGUCAAAUUUUGCACAGUCCGUGUCAAGUGCGCCAAUAUUUUCGACCAGGAUUGUAGUUUAUCUUGUUUUGACAAUGAUUUCAGCGAAACCUUAGUGUCAGCUUUGUCCUUUAACAAACCUAUCAACAUCCUGGGAGAUCUCAACUGCAAUGUCCUAGAUACGAAUGACCCGGGAUAACGAAACAGACAAAACGUUGUUGGAAAAACUUCUCAAUCAAGAAUUAAAUAUUAUAAACACCUCGAAAGUCUGGAUUUUUGUCAGAUAAUGCCCUCGGAUGCUUCACAUCCUUGGGUCAUUAUCUGACAUAAAUCCCUCCUCACUUUUUAUCCUAUACAUACUCUGAAUAUGCUGAAAAACCUGAAUUCAUCUUACAAGCUGACUUAGAGGUGGCUCCAUAUCAGGAAAUGUUUGUUUUACAUCUAUAAAUUGUUCUUCAAUAAAAAACUUUCAUCGUGGUAAUUCGUAAAAUAAGUUAUUUUUAUACAGUCAAAUGAAGAUAUUUACGAUGUGGAUUCCCUACUUCCAGAUGAUGUUAUCAGGUACAGUACUGGAUUGUUGUAAAUAUUGAAGUCAAUAAAGGAAACCCACUUUCCAAUUAGCCACUCCGAAAUUGAUGAGAGGACUAGGGACGAGUGUUAAAAAGUGCCCAAAUUUAGAAAUGAACUAAAUCACUAAAAAAACACCUCAAAAUUAGUAAGUAUACAAAGUUUCAAGGCCUUUUACAUGAAUACCCUUCGAAUAAUAAGCUUUCGAAGAUCCGAUAUCUACUAUGAAAUGUACUGUAAUUUUUGUUUUUGGGACAGUAAUUUCACAAUUUUUGAAAGCUUGUUAUUCGAAGGGUAUUCAUGUAAGCGUCUUCAAACUUUGUAUACUUACUAAUUUUGAGGUUGUCUUUUUAGUGAUUUAGUUCAUUUCUUAAUUUUGGGCACUUUUUAAUACUCGUUCCCAGUCCUCUCAUCAACUUCGGAAUGGCUAAUUGUCUAGCCUAUCCAGCCGUCACACCGGCGGUAUGUUGUGUCUUUGUGAUAUUCACUAGAUACUAGGUAGGUACCUACUAACUAUGAAAUUCAGGGAGUGCCAGGGACUUGAGCUUCCUGAAAUAUAGGUACAUGUUACAUAAAUAAGUCUACUGGCAUUGCAGCUUGAGGAGUUUGCAAUUGCAAUUUUAUAACACUGCGUUCACCCCACAAAAACACACACCCAAGCCGAAAGUGGCCGCCCCACUGGAAAUGUUACGGUAAUUGUUUUCCAAUGCAAAAACUUUGUCUUCAUGUAGUUUCUACUAAGUACUGUUUAAUAAACGAGCAGGAGUGUUUUAUUAGGUUUAAAGCCACGAGCGUGCAGCGCGAGUGGCUUUAGACCUAAUAAAACACGACCUGCAAGUUUAUUAAAUGGCUUCAAACACGACUACAAAUUCAAUAGAUAUACUGCCUUGUUAAUAUUCUUUCUAUAAAGAAUACUAAUUAGGAUUGUUUUAUCAGGUUCAAGGCCACUGCACAUGACAUAUUAUUGUUGACAUGAUUUGCCAAUAAGUUUAUGAAUUAUUAAUGAGUGUUUGAAGUUUCAACUCCUACUUGUAUGUAUUUUCCAUUGUACAGUACUGUAUAUGUACUAUAGCCUUGAAAGCAGCCUUCGAAGGUCUCGUUUCUCAUUUCUUCUUUCACUUCAGGGUAAAAAAAGAACCGGAUGUUAUUGACAAAACACCACCAGUUGUUGACGAGACGUCAGACCACCAGACAAUCUUGAAUAUACUACUUCAUAAAUCCGAAGAGCUAGAGCUCAAACACAAACCCUCAGGAAUACGAGAAAAUAAAAUGUUCACGUUGGAUAUGCGUAAAAUUUCCAUUGUGUCUGCUGGUGCCGAUGGUGCUUACUUUUCCAAAGGUAGUGCUAAGAAGCAUUAUACAUACACUGAACAUGGUUCCCAAACAGCCCACAAAAAUGAAGAUGGCACAUGGUACGUAAAUGAAAAAGUGUCUAAAGAAUACAGAAGACGAGUUGUCCCCGAAAGUCAGGUUUAUGAGCUAACGUGA